AUGCGUUGCUAUUGUUGGAUUGUAUUUUUUGUUACUGCAAGUCUUUCAAUAUGGGCGUUACCUACAGAUGGUGAUGUUGCCGAAAAAAGUUUACUAGCUGUUGAUAACGAAAAUGACAAAAAAGAAAAUAUUGCUGUUGAAAAUCAACUUUUAAGUGAAAAGAAUAACGACGAACAUGAUGAGAAUAUAAUUGGUGAAGAUGAAAGUUUGACUAUAACUGAUCAAUCUUUUCGACGACGAAAACCACAAAAACACAAAAAAGAUAAAGAUAAUAAUUCAUUAAAAGGCAAUGAUGACGAUGAAGAUGAAAAUGAUGAUGAAAGUGAUGAUGAAUAUAGUGAUGAAAGUGAUGAGGAAGAUGAUGGUGACAAAAAAAAUAAAAAGAAACCAAAGAUGGUAAAAUUUAUUUGCUUCAAACAAAAACGUGAUGGACAGAAAAUGAGACAACGUCCUCAACAAUCAGGUAAUGUUCUACUUUAA